AGGCGCCCCUGGCUCCGCGGGGGAAGGCGGCAGAUUCCUGUUUCGCCCCUGGAGAGUUUCAUUAUGGCAGCCCCCAGUGAACAAUGACAUCCUUUGACAAAUACAGAUGCCAAAAAGCCAGACGAAAACAGUGGCCUUGUUUCAUUUUUACUCCAACACAGUGAAAUGGUGCUCUUAAAGUUUUGUUAUUGACUCUCACUGGAAAAAAAACCAAACUCCUGACUGGACCUUUUUAUCCCCCAGCCCUCUCCCCGUGUUCUUAUGGAUGGUUGACACAGUGACAUCAUGUAGUAGGCCCUGAAGCGUUGGCAUAAUUAAGUUGCAAUGGUUUUAUACACUUCUCCAUUUCCCAACAGCUUUCUGUCAGUUCUGCAUUCUUUUUCCUGGGGCCUGAUUUUCCCAUGUUACUGGCUAGCAGACAGGCUCGUGGGCUCUUUUGUUCCAACCACCUAUGAAAAACGUCAAAGAGCAGACGACCCAUGCUAUUUUCAUGCACUCUGCAUCAUUAUCACCACUCCCAUCUACCUGGCUCUCUUGGUGGCCUCUCUUCCUUUUGCCCUGAUUGGCUUCUUGCUCUGGUCCCCGCUGCAGUCAGCCCGAAGGCCCUACAUCUACUCCAGGCUGAAAGACAAGAACCAUGCCAAUGGAGCCACACUGCUCACGGAAUGGAAGGCUGCAGGCGCUGGGAAAAGCUUCUGCUUUGGCAGUGCCAACGUUUGCCUGCUGCCCGAUUCUCUGGCAAGAUUUAAUAACGUUUUCAAUACGCAGGCCAGGGCUAAAGAGAUUGGCAGGAGGAUCCGAAACGGGGCGAGCAGGCCACAGAUUAAAAUAUACAUAGAUUCUCCUACCAACACAUCCAUCAGUGCAGCGAGCUUCAGCAGCCUGGUGUCCCCCCAGGCUGGAGAUAACCGCACUGUUAAUGCUGGCAUCAAAAGGACAACAUCCAUGGAGUACAAAGGAGACAACUGUGGCUCAAACAACGGCGAGGAGAGCAGAGAAGAUAAAGGUGGGAGUGGAGAGCCACACGAGGGAGAAGAAAACAGUUGCAUUGUCCGUAUCAAUGGAGAGGAGAAUGGCCACAUGUCAGACACAGAAACAGACACCGUCAACGGCCAGGCUCGUGCCAGUGGCCCAGCAGAGCCCUCACUGGAAGGUGAUGCAGAGAUCUCAAAAACACCGAACCACAAACAGAAGGAAGGAGAUUCUGGGAGUUUAGACAGCUGCUCUGCCUCACGAGAGUCCCUAGUCAAAGUCCGUGUGGGAGAUGGUACAGUGGACCAAAGCACUGUCAACAACAAGCUCCUCUACAAAGCUUCAAUCAUGAAGAAGACUUCAGUGCGGAAAAAGAAACACACGGAUGAGACCUUUGAUCAUGAGAUCUCUGCUUUCUUCCCUGCCAACCUGGACUUUCUGUGCUUGCAGGAAGUGUUUGACAAAAGAGCUGCAGAGAAGUUGAAAGAGCAGCUCCAUCACUAUUUUGAAUACAUUGUCUAUGAUGUUGGGGUCUACAGCUGCCACGGCUGCUGUAGCUUUAAGUUUGUGAACAGUGGUCUACUUUUUGCCAGCCGCUAUCCUGUUAUGGAUGCUGCCUAUCACUGUUACCCCAAUGGAAGAGGAAUGGACUCCUUGGCCUCCAAGGGAGCCUUGUUUCUCAAGGUGCAAGUGGGAAGUACACCUCAGGACCAAAGAAUUGUGGGAUACAUUUCCUGCACUCACUUGCAAGCUAUUGCAGGAGACACUACUGUUCGAUGUGAGCAACUGGAUAUGCUUCAAGAUUGGCUGUCUGAAUUCAGAAAAUCUACCUCCUCCUCCAGCACAGCCAAUCCAGAGGAGCUGGUGGCUUUUGAUGUACUCUGUGGAGAUCUCAACUUUGAUAACUGCUCCUCUGAGGACAAGCUGGAGCAGCAGCAUUCUCUGUUUACACACUACAAAGACCCGUGUCGAGCUGGUCCUGGGGAGGAUAAGCCUUGGGCAAUUGGUACCCUGUUGGAUCCUGAAGGAUUAUAUGAUGAAGAAGUGUGCACUCCAGAUAACCUACAGAAGGUGCUGGAAAGUGAAGAAGGAAGGAAAGGAUACUUAGUCUAUCCCACCAGCAAGAACCACAGUUCCAGUCAGAAGGGGAGGAAGGCAUCACUGAAGGGAAAUGGGAGGAGGAUUGACUACAUGCUCUACACAGAAGAAGGUCUCUACCUGGAAUGGAAAGUGGAAGUGGAAGAGUUCAGCUUUAUUACCCAGCUGGCAGGCCUGACAGAUCACCUACCAGUAGCAAUGCGCCUCGUGGUGUCCACGGGAGAGGAUGACCCUUAAAAGUGACCAGCUCUGAGAGAUUAGAAGAGGGAAACACGAAUGAUAUUUCAAAAAUAUCAGAGGAUAAGAAUGAACUAUUCUGGUGCCACGUUAGGAACGAUGACCAGACCUGACCUGGGCUACUCCCAGAAAGUACCAACAAUGUGGAUCUAAAAAGGGAAGAAAUGGAAGGGGCUGUGGCCAAGAGCCACUGUGACAAGUGGCUCAGGCAACAGGGCAGGCCUGUACUACAAAGCUUUCACUGUGGACCGAACGGAACCAAGAUGGAAGUCCUAAUUCCUUCUGAACCAGUGCCAUUCUUACUAAAACAUGUUUUUAUACUAAUAUAUAGCACAAUUUAGUUUGUACUUAGUCUGUGAGUUAGUGCCGCUCAAUGGUUUUUUGCAUCAUUUCUUUGUCUAACUCGGAAGCUGCAGCUUUUUCUCUUUCUUUAGCCUGUGACAGUUGUAGCUCGUGCUUGCAGCCGCCGCAUGCGCCCGCACUGCAUGC